AUGAUGCGACGCGUGCUUCUUACCAGGGUGCUGCAUUUGCCUUUGGUAUCAAGUCGUGCUGCAGGCUCGUUCAUGGCCGGAAACGGCAAUCGAGGUUCGCAUCGUCAGAAUCGAGAGCGCACACUAAACACGAGGCCCGAGUUUCAUGUCGGUGAUCGUGUGGUGAAGCGGGAGAUGCAUCGUGCUCCAUCGAGUAGGGUUGCCCGAAAUAAUACCCCUGGGACGCUGGAGAAGACGGGGGUGCUUUUCCCGGACGCCCAGACGCAGGAAUUGGAUGAGAUGGAAGUUGCGGAUGGACACACACGUUCCACCGUAGAGAGCAGGCAGGGACAGCAGCAAGAUUACGAUGACGAUGAAGAAGUGCAUGCCCCUCCAAAUCUAAAGAGAAGGUAUGAUAGCUAUGCUCGACCAAAGCGCGAAACCGUGGUGCUCACAAGCUCCUUUGCCAAUCGAGUUACGUCAAAGGGGAACAACGAUGAGGAUGACGACGUGGAAGAUGACGUGACCAAAAUUUACAGUCAUGAUGAGGUGGAGACGGAGAAUGGCAUGACUACCGAUACCCGACGUGCCAGAAGUAAGUCUGUUGUUGUCGCCAAUGCGCCCUCUCGGAGCUCUGCAGGGGAGCUGAACAACGAUGAUGACAACAUGGAGGAUGAUGUGGCAGAAGUCUACACGAGUCCCAUACGCUCCAAAGAACCUUACAACGUGGGUAAAAUGACCAGUGUACAUUUUACCGACAAUGAGGAGUGUAACAUGCUCGGGAGAGUGGAAACACACGACGACGAGGUGGGGCAAGGCAUAGAGAGCGAAAAGGAGCAUGAGGCUGAUGUGGAUGAAGAGGAGAGUGAAUGCAUGGAAGGGAAAGAUGAGUUCAAAAAUGUGAAAAAUCAUCCUUUUUUUGCAGAUCUUCUCCGUCGCAUGGAAAAGAACGCCACACGUCAGCGACAACAAAUUAAAUCCGCUGGUUGUUACAGCUUGGAAGCCAUAAAUCGAUGUCUUCGACCUCUGCUUCAACUCACGGAUUAUCCAUUUACAGUUCGUCAACUACAUCACAUGGCACCGUUUCUUUAUUCGAACCUUCUUCGGCGUUCCCUUUCUGACUUGAAGGCAUGUCGCCGUCUUCACGUUUAUCGCUCCGCUGAAACGGAUGUCAUUCUCGAUUGGUCAGUGGAGGAUUUUCUUCGUCGACGCUACGAAAGCAUUCAUCUCUCGUGGGAGCCUGUAAAGAUUGUUAUGAUGCGAUUUGGCUGGAACCAGGAGGUGAUGACGGAUCGCGACUGCCUGUUGUACCUUUCAAAAUUUCGAGAUUACAUUGAGCUGGCGGAGUUGGAGCUUAGCGCGGGGGAUGACAAACCAAAGGCUCUACCAAUUGAUGACGCUGAGCGAACGGCUGAACAGCGGCCCAUCCCAGUCUCCAAACUGCUCAUACGCCGCAAGGUGACGGAGGACACGGAACCAUCUGUGACGGAGGCGAUUCGCCUCAUGGGGACGCCCGCCCUGUCAAAACCUGCCAAGUCAAGAAGGGCCAACGUGUCUGAAAAGGACAGCGUGGAGGGGACAUUUGAGCGCAUCCAGCGUGAGGCGUCGAGCGUGGACGGUGAUGAGGAGGCAAAGCUGCAACAUGCCAUUGAUGCUACGCCUUUCUUGCGUCAGGCCAGCCACCCCUCUGGCCGCUGCGUAAGAGAGUUUUCACUUGGAAAGGGACAGAAUACAGUGAUUUCUGAAAGUCCAUCAGCUGCCUCUGCGAGGCUUGAAAGUCAUUCCUUCGAUGAAGAUCGUCGUGCAUACACUCCUGAGUCCUACGAAGCUCUUGCCAAUGCGUAUCACAAGAAGAAGGUGGAGGCAUCACAGAUACGUCGUCGACUUUUGAACACAGACAGCAUUGACCAGGCUAGUGAGUUGCAAGAGAAGCUUGCUGCGGCUCAGAAGGAAAUCCCACGUUUACGAGGGCAACUUGAAAAGAUGAGGCAAUUACGACGCACAGAAAGGGCGGACGCUCCGGGGAGGUUACCAACUUCUCUUUCCAACGCAAAGAAUUAUACUCAUGCGGAGGAGCUGUCAACUAAGGGCAAGGGCGCGACAUCUGUGGACAUGAAUGCAAAAGAUAUUCAAGGAGAAAAAUCCGCCUUGAUGACAUCAUCCCUUUUUACUCGAUUGGAUCAGGCGAAGCAACAACAACGAGAACAACCUACAAAAAACUAUGAUGCCGCCGAAGACAAAUUGGGGGAUGAGGAAGCCUCAGAUCAAACAGCAGAAUGCGGGGCGGAGAAGUGCCUCUCUGCACACUGCAACACGGUUUCACCCUUGAAGGAGAUUGAGGUGUUGUCUUCGGCGGCGCUUAUGUUACGGCGGGAGAUUGAGUCAUUGCAAGAAAAGCGUCGUCUGGACGAGGGGUUGCUUCUGAAUAAGUUGGAGGAAGCAAUUCACACGCUGCUCAAGAUUGAAGAUACGAUUAAGAGUGUUUCACAGCGUGAGGCAAAGGAGGCGGAACAGAAGAAACUGGAGAUGCAGAAAAGUGAGGAAACAGAAAGGCAAAUGCGACGCGAGCACGCAGAAGCACGUGCACGUGCUUUAGAAGAAGAGCUGCUGCGCAAGCGUGAAGAACGGGUAAAAAUUAUUGGCAAACAACGUGAAGAGGCUCGUCAGGCGCAGCGAGAGGCCGAACUCGCUCUGCAAAGACAAAAGCAGGCAGAGCAAGCUGCAGUCGAGGCGGAGGCAGAACUGGAGCGAACACUUCAGGAGGCCAAGUCAAUGAUCUGGAACGAAGGGGCAAAUGAAGAGCCGAAGUGCAGUGGUGCACAGACACCGCUGACAAAGGUGGCAGAAUCACCAACCAUCCAUGAAACGUUUCCGCAAGCGUGUGAAUCAGCAAGCAAAGUAGUACCGAACACUAGCAGUAAUAUCAGCUUCUCUACUGAGCCAGCAUGCACGCCAGAUCAGUACGACGGUCUCUGUCUCGGUGCAGAACGGCUGCACAAGGAAAUUACUGAGCUUGAGCGCCAGAUGGAAAAUGAGGGGGAUGAAGAUGACAUGACAUUGAUGGCUGUUUUGGCAACCUCACGGUCAGAUUUGGAGGAACUGGAAGAUUUUAUCCGUGUGGUGCGUCGUAGAGAAGCUUGGGCCGCGGAGCGUGACAGGAUACGCAAGGAGGAUCGGGAACGCCAGGCAAGAGAGCGAGGGAAGCAUUCAAAUGAUUUGCAAGAAAAGAUUGACGCCAUUCGGUUUCAGAUUUUACUUAUGGAAAAAAGGCUGCAGCAUGCGACGGAACGGAACAUAGUCACCAAACUUGAACAAGGGAUUAUCAACAACAGACGCGAGAUUAACCGGCUGCGGAUUGAGCAGGAUCGGCUGCGGCGAUCUGGUCAUCACGCAGAUGCGAGUGGCAUUUGUAUUCCAUCAUCCAUCAGUAUUGCAGAGGCAUUGGCACAUGAAGAGGCCAAGGAUGCGGAGGUGGGUUUAGAUGAGCCCGAACAUGACGCCGAGGAGGUUGAUGCAGCCUAUACACAAGGCGCCGCCGACGUGUAUGAAACGGCGGUGGAAGGUGAGGGAGAAAAAAACGGGACUGAUAAGCUCGAGUCCGUAAAUGAUGUUGCCAAUGCCACGACAGAGGAGGAAUACGAUGCAAGCGAAGACGUCGCGGCCGACACUCUUAACAGUCAAGCUGAGACGCUGGAGGAUGACCAGAAGGAGUUGCAGCAGUUAACAGGACGGAUGAAGGGUAUCUUGGAGGACAUCAAAUACCUUGAAGAAAACAUUGCCUCGCAGGAGGACGGCGAUGAUGCCAAGGUGACAGCUGCAUCACUUGCCGAGCUACAAAAAAAGCUUCGGCAACUUCUGGAGAUGCGUGACGCGAUUAAAAAUCGGACCGAGCAGUUGCCUUUGGAGGACCCUGGAACUAAUAGUGCGCCUGUUUCGUGGGCUCCCGCGGCGGCGGUGGCGGCAACGUCAGCAACAAUAACAACAAACGUGAAAGUGAAGGCGACAACGACAGUGGCUUCCCGACGGCCUAAAGUUCUUGCACCGCUCUUCAACAGGCCUGUGUCGAGCCACGCAAGCUAUGCGGGCGCGGAGGUGCUUCGAUUCGAGCAUCAGCCCAAGGAGGCCCAACAGCACGCCUCUCAGCGUGGUGCCGCGGCGGGGCGUAAGAUGCGAAGAGGUGCCAAAGCAAAUAAGGCCCGACGGUAG